CAAUUGUAUAAGGAAGAUUUCACUGAUAACCAAAAUUACAUUUACAGGGUGAACGUUGUAUCCUCAGUGGAUGGUAUUGAAAGCCCAAAAUUACAUUUACUCCAGCAACUACAGGUAAUGAAACUUGAAAAUACAAUUAAACAACAUGCAACCAAGGUAGAGGCAUUGGAACAAGAAAAUCAAAGACUAUGCAAGAAAUUAGAGCAACACCAGCAGCAUGUUAAGAAGGUGUCAGAAUUAGAAGGAUCCCAACAGAAGAUGCAGAUAGAGUUAAGUCAAACAAAAGCACAGCUCAAGGAAGCACAAGAGAGACUCGACAUGUGUAACUCCUCCAUUCAUGAGCAGUCAACUGAUGAGGCUACAGCAACUAUGCAGGGUCUUCAGUUGUCCACGUCUCCGUCGGCAUCUGCUCGGCUGCCUUCACCCUCCAAAAGGCAGCCACCACCACUGGAUAUUACACGAUGUAAGAAAGGCAUUGAGCCCAUGGAGAUGGACAGCAAAGAUGAGCUUACUACAGAUCUAGAGAAUAGCUCUCACUAUCGUAGUGAUAAUAAAAGGCACAGGGUAAGGAGCUUCUUAGUGUUCUAUAAAACAAUUAGCAUCUAACUCUUUUGGAGUAAGCACCAAUUAUGAGGUUGUGUUCUACUUACUUAUUGGCCAACAUCUUUAGGGAUGACGUCCAAUAUAGAUGGAUGCUUCGUGUUCCCUGCAUUCUAGUUUUUCUGUACAAUAAGACCUCAGAUAUCCAGAAUGCAUGGGGAAAUAAGUAAAGUUGAACCUCGAUUUAAGCGGUUCUCGUUUACGCGUACGCGGUACCUUGCCAGAACCGGGAUGCCCGAUUUAAGCGGUGAAUUUACUCAUUUACACGGGUGAAGUAUAAUUUGUUUAUUUUCUGAAGAUAUAUAUGU